UGCACCUGUGAGCGGAUGCCCACACGGUCUCUUUGCUCUCCCCGUGACACAGCUGGAGCGGUGAAGUUGAACCGGCAGCAGACGGACAUCGCCGUCAACUGGGCGGGCGGCCUCCACCACGCCAAGAAGUCUGAGGCUUCGGGAUUCUGCUACGUUAACGAUAUUGUCCUCGCCAUUCUGGAGUUGCUGAAGUACCAUCAAAGAGUGCUCUACAUUGAUAUUGAUAUCCAUCAUGGGGAUGGGGUGGAAGAGGCCUUCUACACCACCGACCGAGUCAUGACCGUGUCCUUCCACAAGUAUGGAGAGUAUUUCCCUGGCACAGGAGAUCUCCGGGAUAUUGGAGCGGGAAAAGGCAAAUACUAUGCGGUCAAUUUCCCCCUGAGGGACGGGAUUGAUGACGAGUCUUACGAGCAGAUAUUCAAACCUGUGAUGGCCAAGGUGAUGGAGAUGUACCAGCCCAGUGCAGUGGUUCUGCAGUGUGGCGCUGACUCCCUGUCAGGAGACCGGCUGGGCUGCUUCAACCUCACCAUCCGUGGCCAUGCCAAGUGUGUGGAGUACAUGAAGUCCUUCAACCUGCCGCUGCUCAUGCUCGGUGGAGGGGGCUACACCAUCCGCAACGUGGCCCGCUGCUGGACCUACGAGACUGCAACCGCCCUGGACACCGAGAUCCCUGACGAGCUCCCAUACAAUGACUACUUUGAGUACUUUGGCCCCGACUUCAAGCUGCACAUCAGCCCAUCCAACAUGACCAACCAGAACACCCAAGAGUACAUGGACAAAAUCAAGCAGCGUCUGUUUGAGAACCUGCGCAUGCUGCCCCACGCUCCGGGCGUACAGAUGCAGGCCAUCCCCGAGGACAGCAUCCCUGACGACGCCGUGGACGAGGACACAGAGGACCCAGACAAGCGCCUGUCUAUCCGUGCCUCCGAUAAGAGGAUAGCGUGUGAGGAGGAGUUCUCCGACUCUGAGGACGAGGGGGAGGGUGGGCGCAGGAAUGUGGCCAAUCACAAGAAAGGAGUCAAGCGAGCCCGUGUGGAGGAGGACAAGAAGGAGCCGGAGGAGAAGAAAGUUGAGGUGAAGGAGGAGGAGAAGCCUAAGGAGGCCAGCCCAGAGAAGACGGACACAAAAAGCGUGAAGAGCGAACAGACCAGCAGUACCUGAGCUGGCCACAAGGGGAUACCGCUCCACACUGGCAGGCUUGAUGGCAUCGGUGCCUCUUGCUUCACAGACCAGACUCAAUGCCCACAAGCAUUAUAUUUAUUAUUAAAAUGUGUGUCAUAGAUACAUGUUUGUUUUUGUAACAUGUUUUGUCUUUCUUUCCCUUUUCUUUCUCUCUCUUUGGUUGUUAUUCCAUUGUUUAUUGUGACGGUCCUUUUUAAUUCAUCUUGCCGCUUACAGCAUGAAAUUGCUGUCUAUCCAUUUGGAAGCUAAAUGUUUUUAAAUAGGCUUUUUUUUAUUUUUUGGAAAUGAAUUGUCUGUUUGUAUUGAUGUGUCCUAGAGAGAAUGAUGUGAUCGUUAGAAAUGAAACCUGCAAUGACUUCAUGUUUGUCUCAAAUUUGAUAUUUUGCAUUUACGUAUUAAAAUGUUUUUUAUA